CUUUCAUUUAAAUUCCCAUUCACAGACCGAAAGCGCUUUUUAAUAAAAUGCGGUGAUGUGUGGGCAAAACUCCAUUCCGACAAGUUCUUUGACGAAUGAAGAAUACAUUUCGAGAAUUUUAUUUUAUUGUUAGUAGAUACUCUUGCGUUAUAUUUUAAGCCGCAAUAUUUCAUAAUAUGAGCCUAAUAAUAUUCUUUUAACUUUCUUGUUUUCAAGAAAGUGGUAAAAGGUCACUUCUUAAAAAGUUAAUAAAUAUAUAAAUUUCCAAUAGCGCCUCUUCUUAGAAUGUUUCAAUAAAUAUGUUGGACUUCCUUAUUUCGCAGAAUUGAUACCCUGAGAACGAAUUCGAAGAAAUACCCUAUAAUAAGUAAGUGAUAAGAAAGCGGUGCAGUACGCUUGCAAACCGCAUAUAAAGCCGAGUGAUUGAGACUGCAACUUAUGAGUUACAAUCGAACACUACACAGCACUACAUCAAUAUUGAAGAUGAAUUCUGCACUGCAAAUUAGCUGCCUUCUCCUCGUUCUUGGCUGCCUUUUGGGCUCAGGACACGGUCAAAGUGAUGCCGAGUUCGCGGCCAAGUCCCGAGAAAUAAGCCAGAUUUUCGGCAAUCCCUCCGUCGAUAAAUACACGAAGGUCCGCAAUUUGCCCGCGCUGGUUGCCUUUUACGAGAAAUACUCCAGCCGCCUACGACUGACAGCUCAGGAGAAGAAGGGUAUCGAUAAUGCUAUAAGGCAGUAUCGGGCACAACAAAACCAGAAAGUUGACGGAGUAUCUGCACAGGGAGGAACGCUGUUUGACAUCCUCAAGAAAGUUGUUGAAGUCAUUAUAAAGGUCGUUGUAUAAGAUCACAUGGAUAAGCUGGGAACUUGAAAUUCGUUGACCAAUUGUCGAGAUGUUUUAAUUGUAAACCUAUCUGCUUGAGUAAAAGUCUACUUUUCAACAAAUUAAUAGAAACACAUUUGUUGGAACGUUCUUAAUAAAAUUGGUUUAAAAAAAAACUGUUAUAAAAAUGAAUUAAUUAAAGGAAGCGUCUUUAAAUGUCUAAUAUUUUAUCUUGAAGUGGUAAACAAAAACUUUCUGCUUGAGUAAAAGUCUACUUUUCAACAAAUGAAUAGAAACACAUUUGUUGGAACGUUCUUAAUAAAAUUGGUUUAACAAAAAACUGUUAUAAAAAUGAAUUAAUUAAAGGAAGCGUCUUUAAAUGUCUGAUAUUUUAUCUUGAAGUGGUAAACAAAAACUUAUAACAAUAGUUCUUCUUAUAUGACAAUACAUCAUCCGUUAAAGAUACGUUUCUAGCUACUUUCAAUUUAGAAUAUUUGCUUAGAAAUAUAUUUGAAUUUUAAAAUAAAUUUAACAUAAAUGUUUCCCCUUCUGAAGUCUACCUCAACAUUAAAAAUGAAGAGGUUCAAAGCAAACUUUAACCAUUUUUGGAAAAUGGACUCGAGGUGGAUGGGUAUCAAUGGGGAUUUCAGUUUUCGUUUGUCGAGUUGCCUGCCAUUGACAAUUUGUAAAUGACAUUUGACAUACCGCAGCACGAUCUCUGGCAGUUGACGUCGAGUGGAUUUCAUGCAAAUUGGCAAAUUUUAGCUGGAUCGGAGCUGGCCUUUGUAAAGUGGAUACCCUUGUGUAUCCUGCAGGAAGUUGUUGAGGUAGUCAAGUGGCUGCCAAUGCAAUUAACUGCUUCACGUGCUGAUGAGAGGUGCUCAACUGGCUGUCAUUACUGUAUGUUAAAAGUGUGAAACAAAAAGUGCGGCCAAUUGUGCGUGGCGCUCGCAUUGAAUGGAGCCAGCUGAGUGAAAUGACACCAAAGCCCAUCCAAAGUGCACCGAAGCCUGAACUCAAAGAAGCGCCAGAACCGGCAAUUCUUCCAUUUAAAUUUCGCUUUUUGGCCGCACCGGGCGACAAAAGAAGACGCCACAUUUACAAGACACAAAGGCAGGGUUCAUCUUCUUGGAAACAGCCAGCCAUGCCAGGCUAAAAUCGAAGAACGGCAGUUUUUGGUUGACUCAUUGGUGUCAACGGAGGCAACAUUGCCUUAAGAAGCAAAUUUCGGAUGACUCAUGGCAACAGGCGAGAAAGUAAGUGCUCACCUUAGGAACCACAUUGCCAAUCACGGCUCGUUAUAAUGAAUUGUCAUCCCAAGUAAGAAAAUGCAAAUUAGCAGAAGAUGUUCCACGCAUUUGAUUGGAGGAAAUCAAGAUAUCCCACAGGUAAUUUAUGUUCUGUUGGUUUGUAAUUCGUAACAUAAUAAUGUGUAUAACAUGUUAUAUAGACGGUUCUGAUCCUAUAAACAAAAUUCGUCAACAGGAA